UUUUUUUUUCUUUUUUUUUUCUUUUUUUUUUCUUUUCGUUUUGACACAAUGCCGGAGCUUCCCGAACUUGAGCGCGCCAGGAACUUUCUGCUGCUCACCUGCCGCGGGAAGAAAGUCGUGCAAGUAUCAGUGGACGAGGACACGCUUGUGUUUGAUGGCGUUGCACCGCAGCAGUUUGCUCAGCAGUUUGUUGGUCGAACGGUGCGCGAUGUGAAGCGCCACGGCAAGCACAUUUGGAUUGAGUUUGACGGCGGUAGCGACGCCGCCUUCCACUUUGGCCUGACGGGUAACUUUUUCUUCAAGUCGCAAACGUCGGGAAAGGUGUUCAAGGCCCACUCGGGUCGUUUGCCGGACGACGACGAGGCGAGCGAGGAGCGCACCCAAGAGGAGAACGAGCGCAUCCAAGAGAAGCAGACGGAGCAAUCGUUGCGCAGCCGCGGUGCCCUGACCCCGUCCCCAUACCGUCGUGCUCGCGUUGACUUUGACUACCAGCCCGUCGACGCGGACAUUGACGCUUCCUUGAGCCAGAGCGAGGAGGUCCACGAUGGCCACUGGCCCCCCAAGGACUCCAAGUGCGAAUUUUCGUUUGACGACCAGAGCCGACUUUCCUUCACCAACACUUGCCGGCUCGGCCGAAUCCGUGCUCUGGCCGAUUCCUGGGCAGAGCCACCAAUCUGCUUCCUCGGAUUCGACCCGCUCACGCCCGUCGAGCAAGGCGCGUUUAACGCCGCGCUCGUCCGCCGAAACGUCCCGAUCAAGGCGCUGCUGCUUGACCAGUCCUUCCUGGCUGGCGUGGGCAACUGGGUGGCUGAUGAAGUACUGUACCAGGCUGGCAUCCAUCCCGAGCAAUACACCAAUACACUUUCUGGCGAGCAACUCGCGGCACUGCUCGACAAGAUUCAGAGCGUGGUCCGCAUUGCUGUCCAGCUGAAUGCCGACCCGUCCAAGUAUCCUUCCGACUGGCUUUACCACCACCGGUUUUCCAAGGACGACCAGGUGAUUGGCGGGGAGAAGCUUAGUUUUGUCGCCGUCGGCGGUCGCACAUCAGCGCUGCUGCCCUCGCGCCAGAAAAUCCCGCGCGGUGUCAAUGUUGGCGCGUCCAACGGCUCCCCGUCUCUGUCGUCCCUGGGCGCUGCGGACCAUGGCGCCGAUGCCUACGGCGCUGACAACACGGUUGCCGCCUUCCUGGCAGCAACGCAACAGAGCUCUGCUCCCAGCUCUUCUGCUGCAUCGUCGCAGGCAAUGCUCCAGCAGCAAUUGCAGGCCAUGCGCCAUCAGCAUCAGCUGCCACAGCAAAGCCAGGCACAUCAGGCCCAGCAUCACCUGCAACAGCAGCAACAGCUCCAGUCACAGCAUCAUCAUCACCAGCAGCAGCAGCAGCAGCAGCAGCACCAGCUGCAGCAACAAGCACUCAAUCCGACCACGUUCGGCCAUUCAGGAGCCACGACGGCUUCGCUGGUGGGCGGUCUGGCGCAGCACCUGGGCGCAGGCGCCAACGGCAGUCACAUGCUGGCCGCAGCGUCCGCCUCAGCCGGUGCCGCUGACGACCAACCGCGCCGCUCGCGUGGCCGACCGCGCAAAGACCCGACCGGCCCGCUGAAAGUGAAGGUGCCGUUUAUUGGCCCAGACGGCUUGCCGCGCAAGCGCGGACGCCCGAAGAAAGACCCCAACGCGCCCGUGGUGCCGCGCAAGCCGCUGUCUGCUACCCAGGUGAAGCGCAACAAACUAAAAGGUGGCGUCGUGCCCACGGUGCAGCACAUGGCUGGCUUCCACGGCGGUGCGAUUGCUAUGCCUGGAGUGAAUGGCGGUGUCAAGAAGCGCGGGCGCCCGCGGUUGGAUGCUGCGGGAAGCGCUGCACGCCCUGCCGUCAGAACUGCUGCCCUACAGCUCACACAGUACGGAUAUCCCGCUAUGCCAGGGCUCAUGCUCAACCAAUUGCCCGGAAUGCCCGGAUUCAAUCCCGCCCAGGGCGGCGUGGAUGCGUUGGCCGCUGCCGCGGCGGCCGCAUCUGCUGGUGGAAAGAAAGGCAAGCCGCCAAAGGAGCCCAAGCCGCUCUCCAAGGCCAAGUUGAAGAAACAGGCCAAAGCACUCGAGCAAGCGCAACUGCUCCUCCAGCAGCAACAGCAGCAACAGCAGCAGCAGCAACAGCAGCAGCAAGCUCACCUUCAUGCACAGCACCUGCAACAUGCUCAGCAUUUGCCACCUGGCUCGCAACAGCAGCUGCUGCAACAGCAACAGCAACAACUCCAGCAACACAAUCUGCUUUUCCAACAGCAACACCUGCAGCAACAGAUGCAGCUGCAACAACAGCAGCACAUGCUCGGGCUCCAGCAGCAGCAUCCGCAGCUGCAGCAGCUCCAGCAACAGCAACUGCAACAACAACAGCAACAACAACAGCAGCAGCAACAACAACACGGCCACAAUGCCCACCAACAGCAGAUGCUCCAGAACGCCAACUAUGGCCAUGGCAUCGGUGGCGACCAGUCGCUCAACAUGAUGUUUGCGGCGCUGAUGGACCACCCCAACGCUUUCAUGCAGGGUAACUCGUCUUCUUCUGCCGUUCCCACAGCGGCUGCCGCCGCCGCCACUGGCAAGGCAAGCAAGCGCAAGGGCGAUUCGCCCGCCGCGCCUCCGAAAAAGGGCGCUCGGGCUGAUUUGCCUGCUGUCGGAACAGGCUUCCCUCCCAACCCCUCGACUGCUGGCAAUAUCAACGCGGCCGCUGCCGCUGGAAAGAAGCCGAGCAAGAAGAAGCACCAGGAGGCUGUUGCACAGCCAGUUCCGCAGAGUCACAUGCACCAACUGCAACAACAGCACCAGCAUCAACUCCAGCAACAGCAACAGCAGCAACAACAACAGCAGUUGUUGCAGCAGCAGCAACAGCACCAUCUUCUUCAGCAACAGCAGCAACAGCAUCUAUUGCAGCAACAGCAACAGCAGCAGCUUCACCUUCAACAGAUGCAUCUCCAGCAGCAACAACAACAGCAGCAACACUUGCACCGUCGCUGAGAUCGCCAUCGCCUGGGCAACGUUGCACCUGGGCUGCUGGCUGGUUCCAUUCGAGCUCGCGUUCUUGUCUGGUCGCUGUCUGUGGGCGGUGUUCAUUCUGUUUGAACCUGGUUUGCCUUGCCGACUGGAUCUUGUAUGGCGUUUCCUAAUCCUUUUAUCACCUUCCUUUUUUUCCCCCGCCUUUGCUUCCACUUUUGCGCUCACUUUUACUGCCACUUUCUCGCUUCUUUUACCCUCAUAUCCCUCGUCCUUUUUUUUCUUUUUCUUUUCCUUUUUUUUUUUUUUUCAUUUUUCACAUGGUUUUUCUUUUUCUUUUCCUUUUUUUUUUUCAUUUUUCACAUGGUCUCUUUUUCCCUUGUGUCCCCAUUC